UUCCCCCCGAACCAAUCCUCGUCCUCGUUGAAGAUUAGCAGGAAGCGCUCUGUCGUGUUCAGUAGAUAUGUGGACAGGUUUGUGUUGAUACUGUGAGAUUUACCUGUCGUCCACGUCGCUUCUGGACUCGUUAAACACAGCUCCUUCCAGCGUUUACCCACCCCCUCACCGAGACUCCUCAGACCCUGUGACGACUGUGAUGAUUCUCUGCGAUAUCAGCCAGUAACAUGUCCAUGUUCAGUACGGGCAUCCUGGUGCUGACGUCUCCUCUCCACACACUCCCCCUGCGCAUCGCUCCAGUGCUCAGCUCAGCUGCUCAGCUUGUAGAGCGCACGCUGUACGUCCACCUCCACCCCGGGCUCAACCUGGGAAGUGGGAGCCAGCCUCGGCCAGUCUUCAUUCCACCGGUGGUGGACCUGUCUGCGGUCAUUUCCCGCCUUUACAGCAACGCUGCUAACGUGUGCGGGCACCUGGAUGUCCGUGUUUUGCUCACCAACGUUCACGCUCAGUCAGCCGCCUGCAACGGGAACCAGGCGAUCCCAAACUGCCCUUUCCCGACACCACAAUCUCUGUCUCACUCCCCCGAGGUGGUGCUAACAGACUUUCCUCUGCAGGACCCCGGUCAGUCCCAUCAGGUUAAGCAAUGUCUGCAGAGGUACACGGGCCGCUGCUAUGUCUGCAGCCCCAGCCUGCACUCAGAGCUGCUUUACCCGCAAAUAAUGAAGCUGCAGGAGAAAGAGGAAGGGCUGAAAGAGCCCGAAGAAAAGGCAAAACCUUUGGAGACCUACAGUGACGUGGUGGUAGGGGGGACGUUUGAUCGGCUCCACGGGGCUCACAGGACUCUGCUCAACAUCUCAUGCCUGCUAGCCGACAGAAGGUUCCUCAUUGGUGUGUGUGACCAAGCAAUGCUGAAAAAAAAAGUGCUAAAGGAGCUGAUCCAGCCCUACUCUCUGCGGGUCCAGAAACUAGAAGAGUUCCUGCAAGACGUCAAACCUUCGCUGAACGUGGAGAUCGUGCCCCUUGAUGACCCCUUUGGAGCCUCUAUCGUUGACCCCUUGCUGCAGUGCAUUGUGGUUAGCGAGGAGACUAGAAAGGGAGGCGAGGCUGUCAACAAGAAACGCGCAGAAAAUGGCCUUCCAGCUCUCAUCCUCCACGAGAUCCAGUUGCUCAAAGAUGCCCACCACACUGAGAUAGAGGAAGAGAAGAUCAGCUCCUCCAGUCUGCGCUCUCGUCUGCUGGGCACCCUCCUUACUCCACCUAAAGACACAUCCCAUCUCCCUCCCCUUCCAUACGUGAUCGGCCUGACAGGAGGCAGCGGCAGUGGAAAGAGCUCCAUCGCCAGGCAGCUGGAGGCUUUGGGUGCAGUCCGGAUUGACUGCGACAAGCUGGGCCAUGAGGUGUACCAGCCAGGCACAGCAGCUUAUCACAGAGUGCUUGAAGAAUUUGGGUCAGAUCUCCUGAAUGAAGAUAAAACCAUCAACAGACGAGCACUAGGAAAGAAGGUUUUUGGAAACCAGGAGCGGUUAAAAGCCCUAACAGACAUUGUGUGGCCUGAGAUUGCACUUCUGGUGAAGAGCAUAAUCAGCCAAGCCAGAGAGGAAGGUAAACAGGUUUGCGUGGUGGACGCGGCAGUUCUUCUGGAGGCCAGCUGGACGGACAUGGUCCACGAGGUCUGGGUCACCGUCAUCCCCGAAGAGGAGGCAGUGACGAGGAUAACGGAGCGAGACGGUGUGACCAAAGAAGAAGCCCUGCGUCGGCUACAGAGUCAGUGGUCCAACAGCAAGCAAGUAGAGCACGCCAACGUGGUGCUCAGCACGCUGUGGCAGCCAGAGGUCACUCGAAAACAGGUACUGAAAGCGUGGGAUCUUCUUCAGAAGAGACUCCAGAAAAGGCAACAGGCACAGUAGGAAUGUGCUUUAUCACUACAUCAUCUCAGCUGUGACGUACAGAUCAAGCAUGUAUCGGGCCCAGGGUCACGUGCACACAAAUGACCGAUCCACACGAGGAAACGCUGCCUUAGAAAGAAGCGAGGGUGGUUACUGUGCUUUUGCAGCAAAACCCAGCGAGCUUCUUCUUUGACCAAGACUCAGUGCCUGAUUGACUUUCCACAGGUUUUUAAACUCUAGUUCUAGAUGCUUAGCGAAAAUUAAAUAUCGAUGGACGAGGAAAAACACAGCUUUAGAAAUGAUCCCUAACAAAAUGAUUUCUGGAAAUCUGGAUGCUUGGGAUUAAUAAAGUGUUAUCCAAAGAAUUGUAGGUCUGUUUUCAUCCAAAUAUGUUUUUAUGAAUGGCCCACCUUCCUUUUUAAAGCAUCACUAUGCAACUUGCCAUUACAGUUUCAGAGUGCAAUUUAAUUUUACACUACUGUCAUAUGGAGGCCAGACCAACCAGGACUGUGAUUUGAAUCCUGUUUAUGAGAAAUUGCUGCUCUGCCUCAACUCUCGUGAUUUUAUGGAGUUUCCCAAUGGACAGAUUUCCAGGCCCGGUUUCUGUGCUAGGGCUGUAAACACCCAUACUACAGGCAGGGUCAGGGGCUUGGUUAACCGAGCUAACUAACUAUAAGCAGCACCUUUGGUGGUUACUUAAGCAACAGGUCAAGCUAUCUGUCCAUUAGGAAAACAGUAUAAAUCAGAUAUUCUCCAUGGAAUAUUAUCUAGUUUUACCAGAAUCACUGAUUAAGGUAUAUACUAAAUAAAUACUAAAUAAAAAAAUAAACACUCUGCUCUGGCAUCUCCUUUUCUUUUCCAAAUUCUAGUCUCAUUCAUGUUUUGAUAAACAAAUUCACUGCAGCAUAUUGCUAUUUUCCAAGUUACCAUAGCUGUCGUGUUUCAUGGAACCUCUCUUUAACUGGAGACCCAUACUUGGUGGCGGUGUGAGACUUAGUGCCAUAAAGCUUGAGGAUCGUACCUGCUCAGCCCAAUUUAAGUAAAAGAACGACAGGCGGUCAGGGCACUGGGUGAGAAUCGAAUGAUUUUGAAGCUGCUGUUUUAGUAUGAAAUAGUUGUGUGAUGUUGCUUUAAAUGGAUACUGUUGGUUAAAUGAUACAGCCCAACAUUCAGUGAUUCCUACAUCAUUUUAAAAGUCUAAUAAAAUAAAUGGAGUUUAGAAAAGUGACUAAUGGUACGGGAAAAGUGAGAUAACAUGUUGAAACUGUGGAAAUCAUACAUAGAAUGAAAUGUUUAUUAUUGAAGCUUCAGUGCUCAGAUAAUUUUUUUAAAUAAUUCACUAUAAAUGACCACACAAGGUACAUUAUGUAGAAUUAUGUGCAAUAGAUGAGAAUGAUUGUCAGUGCUGUGGUCAUGUUGAAUGGCAAAAUAUACUUGGAAAUGAAAAGAAAGGUCAUGAGUUGAUUAAUGAAAUAGUUAAAGUUAUCAGGCUGAGAUAAAUAUCUUAGGAACGUUCAUGAAAUUCUGAUCUUUCAAAAAUAAUGUCUCUGAAAGUAGCGGAAAAAGCUAAAAAGGACAGCAGAGUGGAAAUAAGUCAUGAUGUGUUUUAGUAAAUUUCAUCUUCUCCGAUACCACAGCAUAAAAAAUUAAAAACAAUUGUUUACGUGAGACUAAAAUACUGCUUUGUUGCUUUAGCCAUACCUUCAACAUUACAAGACUUGUCCAAUUAUGUAAUAAUAAUGUAAUGUGGUCAAUACGGUUUGUGAGAAAUGUCAAGUGUCUUUGAUUCUCAUCGUCCUGCAUGUUAUCUCACUGGAACACUUUAAUAAACUGGCAUUAAAUGAAAUGUUUAACCUCCAA